CGCCCCCCGCUCGCCUCGCCCCCCCCCCCUCCGGGCAGAACCGAGUGGAGCCUCUGAGGGAGAGCAGGACGGUGCGGAGGCCGGAGGCCGAGGGGAGGCGAGCCAUGAGGGUCGCCGUGGACUUCGAGGAGUGCCUCAAGGACUCGCCCCGCUUCAGGGCUGCUUUGGAAGAUGUGGAAGGAGAUGUGACGGAGCUAGAGCAGAAGCUGGAAAAGUUAGUGAAGCUUUGCAUUGCGAUGAUCGACACGGGGAAGGCCUUCUGCCUGGCAAACAAGCAGUUCAUCCAUGGCAUUCAGGACCUGGCUCAGUAUUCCAGCAAGGAUGCCCUCGUGGAGACCAGCUUGACGAAGUUCUCCGACAGCCUCCAAGAGAUGAUCAAUUACCACACUAUCCUGUUUGACCAAACACAAAGAUCAAUUAAAGCACAGCUUCAGACGUUUGUCAAAGAAGAUAUCAGAAAGUUCAAGGAUGCCAAGAAGCAGUUUGAGAAAGUCAGCGAAGAGAAGGAGAAUGCCCUGGCCAAGAACGCCCAGGUCCCACGGACCAAGCAGCAUGAGGUGGAAGAGGCCACCAACAUCCUGACGGCCACCAGGAAGUGCUUCCGCCACAUCGCGCUCGACUAUGUCCUGCAGAUUAACGUUCUUCAGUCAAAGAGAAGGUCAGAGAUCCUAAAAUCGAUGCUGUCCUUCAUGUAUGCCCACCUGGCCUUUUUCCAUCAAGGCUAUGACCUUUUUAGUGAACUUGGACCCUACAUGAAAGACCUUGGAGCUCAGCUUGAGAGGCUGGCUGUAGAUGCUACGAGGGAGAAGAAGGAGAUGGAGCACAAACACUCCACUAUUCAGCAAAAGGACUUCUCCAGCGAUGACCCUAUGCUAGAGUACAAUGUGGAUGCUGCCAAUGGCGUCGUCAUGGAAGGCUACCUCUUCAAGCGAGCCAGCAACGCCUUCAAGACCUGGAACAGGAAAAAGCCCGAUGGCAUCAGGCGCUGGUUCUCCAUCCAGAACAAUCAACUGGUCUACCAGAAGAAAUUCAAGGAUAACCCCACGGUGGUGGUGGAAGACCUUCGGCUCUGCACAGUCAAGCACUGCGAAGACAUUGAGAGGCGCUUCUGCUUUGAGGUCGUCUCCCCAACCAAGAGCUGCAUCCUUCAGGCAGACUCGGAGAAGCUGCGGCAAGCGUGGAUUAAGGCGGUCCAGGCCAGCAUUGCCACAGCUUACAGGGAGAAAGGGGACAGCACAGAGGUGGAGAGGAAGCCGUCCCCUUCCAGGGGGAGCCCGGAAACGGGCGCGGAACCCAAAGAGAAGCUGCUGAAAGGAGAGAGCUCUCUCCAGAGGGUGCAGAGCAUUCCUGGCAACGCUGUCUGCUGCGACUGCGGCCUGGCAGACCCCCGGUGGGCCAGCAUCAACCUGGGCAUCACGCUGUGCAUCGAGUGCUCUGGCAUUCACAGGAGCCUGGGGGUCCAUUUCUCUAAAGUCCGCUCCUUGACGCUGGACUCCUGGGAGCCAGAGCUGCUCAAGCUGAUGUGUGAAUUGGGAAAUGAGGUCAUCAACAGGGUGUAUGAAGCAAACGUGGAGAAGGUGGGCGUCAAGAAGCCUCCACCUGGAAGCCAGAGGCAGGAGAGGGAGGAGUACAUCCGGGCCAAGUACGUGGAGAAGAGGUUUGUGGAGAGAUGUCCUGCUACCUCUGCUGCCUCCGGAGGGAAACCUCGCCCUCGGAGCCAGGGGCCUCAAAGGCACAGCGGCAGCCUGGAGGGCAGAGCAGGGGAAGAGGAGGCCCCCACAACAGCCAAGGAGCAAAUGGCGGCAGUGGCAGCGGCAGCUCUGAGAGUGCGCAGCAACGACAGCGGCUUCCAGCACAGCAGGGAGCAGCUGGCCUCUGCCGUCUCGGCCAGCACCUUGUAUGAGCCAGAGGCUGAAAGGCCUGAGGCUGCUGCUUCCACUUCCCGAGACCCCCGGCCAGAUGUUGUUCCGGGGCUGCAGCUGUACUUGGCCUCCUUCCAGAAGAGCCUUCCUGGCAUGGCCGAGGCGCUGGCGCACGGGGCAGACGUCAACUGGGUCAACACAGCGGAGGGCAGGUCCACGCCGCUGAUCCAGGCCGUCCUGGGGGGCUCCUUGGUCACUUGUGAAUUCCUGCUCCAGAACGGGGCCAAUGUGAACCUCCAGGACGCCAAGGGCAGGGGCCCCCUCCACCACGCCACCGUCUUGGGGCACACUGGGCAGGUGUGUUUGUUCCUGAAACGGGGCGCCAACCAACACGCCACGGACGAGGAAGGGAAGGACCCCCUGAGUGUGGCCAUUGAAGCUGCCAAUGCGGAUAUAGUGACGCUGCUGCGCUUAGCCAGGAUGAACGAGGAGAUGCGGGAAUCCGAGGGACUCUACGGCCAGCCAGGAGACGAAACCUACCAGGACAUCUUUCGAGACUUCUCACAAAUGGCGUCCAAUAACCCGGAGAAGCUAAAUCGCUUUCAGCCGUCAGAUGUGCAGAAGCCCUGAAGGCUCUGGGGCUGGGGGGAGACCAAGACUAGCCCCCACCCCCCCUCCUCCUUGAGCUCACCCCUCCUUUUUAUACAUAAACGCUGCUUUGAGUAAUA